AUGUGUUUAUUUUACACAUACUGUAAAGAUGAGACCCUCAUCCCUGUGUUCUCUGUGAGCGACAGUGAAAAGUCACGGUUACGAGUGCUUGUCAUAUCCGGUUAUCGUUCAAGGUAUACCAGGAACUCAAUACUUUAUACAAAAUAUACUAUAACUGUGUCGUUACAGGAUUUCCUGGCAUCACUGUCGACGGUGUCCCGUGGGUCGACGCAGGAGAAGCUGCAGUGGAUUUUCGGCCUCUACGACGUGAACAACGACGGCCUCAUCACCAAGACCGAGAUGGUGGACGUCGUCACCGCCAUCUACGAGAUGAUGGGCCGCUCCACCGAGCCGCAGGUGGAGGAGACGUCCGCCAAGGAGCAUGUGGAGAAAAUCUUUCAUGUGAGGAAGGGAGUGGAUGGAGGGGAGGAGAGGAGGAAAGAGGAAGAAAGGAGUUAAAAUAUAUUUCCUGAAAAAGAAAGAAAGGAAGAAAGAAAGACAAAAGAAG